UUGGCUCCAAGCGACCUCCCGCAGAGCGUUAUCAAUUAAAAGUGCCCGGCCCAUCGAAGCAGCUAGUUGCUAAUGCGAGUGUGUGCUUAAUCAGCCGUUCCGUGUGUCCGUAGUCGUUUUCGUGUUGUGAAAUUACUGUCAAUAGUUCCAUUGCUCGGCCUGCCCCCCCUUUUUCCAUAGCAUUCUUCCAAAUUAAAGUCAUCCACUCAUAGAAAUUCAGGCGACUCUCGGCAGAGCCGUCGUUUUCAGCAUGUGUCAGCCAACGUCGCAGAUGAUAUGCCAGCUCAAGAAUAUGACUCUGUCUGGCGAUCCGGAGCUGGAUGGCCAGAUCCGCAAAUGGAUACGCUGGGACCGGUGCCCCAGCACCUCCGCCCAGAUUAUGGACGCCGUAAAGGCCCAAGACUGGGAAACGCUGAGGAAGAGACUGUGCAACCGCAUAACCUUCGGCACGGCUGGAUUGCGGGCCUGCAUGCGCGCCGGCUUCGAUUCGAUGAAUGAGUUGGUGGUUGUUCAAACCGCCCAAGGCUUGUGCGAGUACAUCAAGGCGCAGUAUCCGAAAUCCGAGGAUUGGAAGGAGCGCGGCAUUGUCUUUGGCUACGAUGGACGCUACAACAGCCACCGCUUUGCCGAGCUCUCGGCCAUUGUCUUUCUGAACAACAACUUUCGGGUUUAUCUUUUCAAGCGCUUGGUGGCCACGCCCUUUGUUCCUUAUACGAUUCUUAGACUUGGGUGUCUGGCCGGCGUAAUGGUGACCGCCUCGCACAACCCCAAGGAGGACAAUGGGUAUAAGGUGUAUUGGACCAACGGAGCUCAGAUUAUUCCGCCGCACGAUGCGGGUAUACAAGAGUCGAUUAUGCAAAAUCUGGAGCCUAGGUCCGAAUCCUGGGAUGAGACGGCACUGUGUUGCUCUGAUUUCUUGGAUGAUCCCUACGACGCCGUUGUUCCAUUCUAUUACGAUGCCCUAAAGCGGAACUUCUCCUGUAAGCUAUUGGAGAUGAAUGCCAAGUGCCCGUUAUCCUUCACGUACUCAGCCAUGCACGGCGUGGGACAUCCCUAUGUGAAGCAGGCAUUCGAGAAGGUGCGCCUCAAGCCUUUCGUUUCAGUGGUCGAGCAGGCCGAGGCAGAUCCAGAGUUCCCAACCACUCCCAUGCCCAAUCCGGAGGAGGGCAAGACAUCCUUGCAGCUGUCCAUAAAGACAGCAAAGCAGAAAAAAACCGAAAUCAUCCUAGCCAACGAUCCGGAUGCCGAUCGCCUCGCCGUUGCCGAGAUUGCAGAAGACGGCAACUACAAGCUCUUCAACGGCAACGAGUUGGGCGCCUUGCUGGGCUGGUGGUGCCUGGAGAACUACAGGGCACGCAACCCCGAUGCGGAUAUAUCCAAAUGCGCCAUGAUCUCCAGCACGGUCAGUUCGAAGUUUCUUGGGAGCAUGGCCAAGCAGGAGGGCUUUGAAUUCUACGAGACUCUGACGGGAUUCAAGUGGAUGGGCAACAAGGCCAUCGAUCUGCAGCAGGCUGGCAAGACCGUGUUAUUUGCUUUCGAGGAGGCAAUUGGCUUUAUGGUGGGCACCGCCGUUUUGGAUAAGGAUGGAGUAAGCGCCGCAGCCCAUACGGCAACCAUGGCCUGCUACCUCCGCUGCACCCAGUGCAUGACUCUGCAGGAGAAGCUGCGCGAAAUCUACGAGACAUACGGCUACCACAACAGCAUCUGCUCGUAUGUCAUCUGCCGCUGUCCGCCGGUUAUAGAGCGCAUUUUCCAGCGCCUGCGCAACUUUGACAACGGCCAGCCCAACACCUAUCCCAAAAGCAUCCUAAAUGGCACGUACGAGAUCGAGCACGUCCGUGACCUUACCACUGGCUAUGACAGCAGCACCAGCGACAAAAAGGCCACCCUUCCGACCAGCUCCAGCUCCCAGAUGAUCACGUUUACCUUCAAGAACGGCGUGGUGGUCACUCUGCGCACCAGUGGCACGGAGCCCAAGGUGAAGUACUAUGCCGAGAUAGUCGGCAAGCCCGAGGAAAAGAACUGGCUAAAAUUGACAAACACUCUCAAUACCAUGGUCGAGGCCAUAGUCGAGGAGUUCUAUCAGCCAGCAAAGAACAACCUGGAGCGCAAGAAGGACUAGAAGGAAAAAAUUUAACCUCCCCCAGACAUCGAAAAUCGUGAUAAAACGAAACGACGACCUGGCAAGAAUUAACCAACAACCCACAAUUGAUAAAUGCACAAGCCAAAAAAGCAACUGCGCCAAAAGCUGUUGUCUAUUAGCCAUUAAAUAAUAAUAUACCAUA